UUCUCAAAAUAUCACGCUUUCAUUUUGGAUUUUGAGUUUUUUUUUUUCGUUCAUUGUUGAAGAUGAUCAAUGACCGUGAUCGUGUCAAAGGUUCAUGGAGCCCACAAGAAGAUGCUAACCUGAUCAAGCUAGUGGAACAACAUGGUCCCAGGAACUGGUCUAUGAUAAGCUCCGCAAUCCCUGGAAGAUCCGGCAAGUCUUGCCGGCUAAGGUGGUGCAAUCAGCUCAGUCCCGCCGUGCAACACCGUCCUUUUACAGCUGCAGAGGAUGCUGUUAUUAUUCAAGCGCAUGCUGUUCAUGGGAAUAAAUGGGCUACAAUUGCUAGGCUGUUGCCGGGACGUACCGAUAACGCGAUAAAAAAUCAUUGGAACUCGACUUUGAAUCGGAAACAAAAAACCGAGUUGUCGUCCGGUUCACGGGAGUCGAUCUCCGGCGUGAAACGGCCAAGCUUGGACGCGUCCUUGUCUGAGUCGGGGAAUAAAAAGCAGUGUUUAGGAUUGAUGAUGCGCGAGCAUGAGGUAGGGUUGUUGGGGCCGAAGACGUUGCUGACGCUGUCUCCACCAGGAGAGAGCGUGGCGGCGGAGGAGGAGGAGCGAAAGGAGGUUGUGGUGGUGGCGAAAAGUGAGGAAGGCGGUGAAGGCGGAGAAGAGAAAAAGAGAGCGGCAACUAUGGAAGAAACAACUUGCUUGUUGAACAUCAUUCAACGUAUGAUUAAAGAGGAGGUUAGGAGAUACAUUGAUAGAAUAGUAGCUGAUCGAAAGUAAUGAAAGUGAAUGUUACAAAACGAACAAUCCCUCUCUUUUAAUUUGUUUU